AUGGCGGACGAUACUUACCGAAGGGCAGUGAUUUGUCUAAUUUCCAAAGAGGAUUUUGUCUCCACCUGUGCUUCUGAUCUUCCCUUCGUGGACGGUAUCAUUUCUUUAGCUAAUGGUAACUCUAAAUUCAUCGAAGAAGUAGGAAAGAGGUUUGCUUUAGAGAUUAGAGACGGCCUUCAAAAUUCCACUACAGAGAAGAGUGUGAUACUGAAUGCUUGUACUUUCACUGAAGCUGAUCUAAAAAUUCCACCAUCUGAUGGAAAUUUGAAGGUUUUUAUUUUUAAAGACGUUCUUCAAACCCACCAGCUGCAUGUUGAUGACAUCGUUUGGUGUAAAAGGGUGAACCCUUUUCCACUGGAGAGAAUUGUCAUUGGCGUUUCAUCCGAAGAGAGAUAUUCAUGGGCUAAGAGCACAUUAGUAGCAUUUCUUCGCGAAAGUCUUUCAAAUGGACCUAUAAAUGUACGAGAAAAUGGCAAGCUGAAUUUCUUUCAUGAUCAACGUAAAAUAUUAAGUGGAACCAAGGAAAAGCAGUGGUUAGAAUUGUCUAUACUGCAGUGUAAGCCUCUAGUACAAGGAGGCCUUACAUCAGAAACUUGUUUAGUUAUAUCCAGGCUGAAUGACCAAGAUGUUAUUUUUGACUCUGAAAUUAGUGAUGUGGAUCCUCCUGCGGUGCCAUCCAAUGCAAAUGAAUUGUUUCUUGUCUCUGAUUUUGCACGCCACUUCUCCAGGAGUCAGCUUUAUGGGGAACCACUUACACUGUCUGGUAGCUCAACCAGGCCUGGCAACCAUUUAAAAGCUAGUGUUUUGGAGUUCAAUGAAGGAAGUCAUAGCAAUUUGGCAUUUGAUCCAUCAAGCAGGCUCCUUGUGUCACUGUCAACUUUGAUUGACCUACAGAUGUUCAAUGGCAGCUGGGUCAAAAUCUGCACUGAUCAAAAUCAGGAUGUAGUCUGUAAUCAACAGCAGGAACAGGGUUCUUCAGAACAAGCUUCAAAUGCUUUACACAACAGUCACAGUGGUGAGAAGUGUCAUAUGGUUCAAAUUGUGGUAACUGCUUCCCAGAAUGAUGAAAAUGAGUUUUUGAAUAAUAGUGAAAUUUUCCCUGUGCAUUCAAUUGGCAAAAUUGAAGAUGGAAUAGGAUACAUCGCCCCUUUACUCUACUUUAACUUGUUUCAUGACAGCCUUUUUAAUGAAAACCAAAGGCCUAGUAUUUAUGUCUACCCAAUCCCAGAAACCAUACAGAAGGAAGAACGCAAGAUCACUAGCACUGCAAGCAUGAGUGGAAAACCUGCAUUUGCAAAUGAAGCUCACAUUGCCCUGGUGCACUCUCCUUAUUACAAAGCCAUGGAUUCUUUUGAUCAUGCAUUGGCAAAACAUUUCAAAACUCCAAGAAUGUUGACAGUUGGAGAUGUAUUCUACAUGUUUCAUAAUUGGGAAGAAAAUGGUGACCUUUCUAAGGAGUCGGGUUCACCUGAUGAUCAGGGACGCAGAAAUCUGGUUGUUUUCUUUCAAGUGACAAGGCUUGUUAGCGCAGCUCAGGAAGUAAAAUCUUGUUUAGUGCACACAGAACAUACUUCCCUUUAUCAGAGAGGCACAGUACACAGUUAUGUGCCACCUGUUUGGAGGAGACAGUUCUGUGAUUUGAGAUCGAAUUACUGGGAGCAGUUUAAUCCUGCUGGGCUGAACAGUUACACUGCUGAGUUAGUCAAUAUUGUACAUCCUCAUUUGAAUACCAGAGAGACCCACCCCUUGCCCCCAUGUAGUGUUCUCUUAACUGGCCCUCCUGGAGCUGGAAAGAGGACGAUUGCCAUAGCAACAAGCAAAAGGUUGAACAUGCAUACUUUUGAGGUCAAUUGCUUUGAUCUGAUUGGUGAAUCAGUGGCAGCUACAGAGACAAGACUGAAAAAUGUAUUCCAAAGAGCUGUUUUCUGCUCACCUUGUGUCCUGUUAUUGUACAACAUCCAUGCUCUGGGAAAAGACAAAGAAGGAAAUGACGACGAACCACGAAUAGCAGCCACAAUGCUCAAUUGUCUCAGCAGCCUAAAGGACGACUCAGAUUGGCCAGUAGUCGUCAUAGCGACAUCAUCCUCUCCUAAUGACAUCACCUCUGACAUGUACUCAUGCUUCCUUCACGAGCUGAAACUUGAAGCACCCAAUGAGAAGGAGAGAUGUGAUAUGCUUAGGGGACUUGCUGAGAUGCUUUCUGUAGGAAAUGAGGUGCCGUUUGAACCGCUGGCAAGGAGAACUGCAGGACUGGUGCUGGCAGAUUUGGUUGCUCUGUUUUCAAAUGCCGCAAAUACUGCUGUAAAGCGCCUCUUAGAGGAGCGCCCUGGGAAACUGGGGCGUUCAACUGAAACCAAAAGCCAAACUUGGUUUCCGUGGGAAUUUGAGCAAGAGCUAAGCAAAAUGGGAGGCAAAAUUUGCCAGCAGGAUUUUGAAGAUUCCCUAGAGAUGCUUCAGUCGUCCUUGUCAGAUGCGAUUGGAGCUCCUAAAAUACCAAGUGUUAAAUGGGAAGAUGUUGGAGGAUUGGUAGAGGUGAAAGCAGAAAUCUUGGACACUGUCCAGUUACCGCUGCAGCAUCCAGAGCUGUUUGCAGCCGGGCUGAGGAGAUCAGGGGUGCUGUUGUACGGUCCGCCUGGUACUGGUAAAACAUUACUGGCCAAAGCUGUUGCUACCGAAUGUUCUCUAAACUUUCUAAGUGUGAAGGGACCCGAGCUCAUCAACAUGUAUGUUGGUCAAAGUGAACAGAAUGUCCGCGAAGUGUUUAGUCGCGCGCAAAGUGCACGGCCUUGUGUAAUCUUCUUCGAUGAACUGGACUCAUUGGCACCCAACAGGGGGAGGAGUGGGGACUCUGGAGGAGUCAUGGAUCGAGUAGUGUCGCAGCUGCUCGCUGAGCUUGACGGGCUUCACAAAGCAUGUGACGUAUUCGUCAUUGGGGCUACAAACCGACCUGACCUUCUAGACCCAGCGCUUUUGAGACCUGGUCGAUUUGAUAAACUACUGUACCUAGGAGUGAGCGAGGACCGCAGAUCACAGCUCAACAUUCUCAAGGCUCUGACGAGAAAGUUUAAAUUACACCCUGAUUUGCAGUUGGAAAUCAUAGCGGAACUUUGUCCCUCCAACUUAACAGGAGCCGACUUUUACGCUUUGUGUUCAGAUGCCAUAUUGCAAUCGGUUAAGCGAAAGAUCGAAGAACUCGAGCAAGGCGAAGCUGACCCUCGUUUAGAUGAUACCGACAUACAAGUUACGGAAGCGGAUUUCCGGAAAGCUUUGGACAGUCUCACACCAUCUGUCUCCCAGCAAGAACUCAAACGUUACAAAGACAUUCAGCAGCGGUUCGCAGUGGCCAACACCGUUACAAAGAGUCGAUAAUUCAUGAUACAGUGAUGAAUCACAUUAAGGGUGGAAGCCUUUCCAGUGACAGCAAAAGAAUCCUAUCUGAUCUUCUCAAGUCGCCUGGCUUUUCCUCGGAAUUCUUUUCAGUGGGAGAAGAAAGCACUGAAACACCUGGAGAAACUG